AUGGCCGAUCUGAACGGUGAUGGGCACCUCGAGCUGGUCGUUGCCACGCCGGAUCUGAAGCUGCAGGUAAUCCAGCCAGCCCCUCAUGGCCACCGUGGGGAGGGCUUUGCCCGAGCCGCGGAGCUGAACGCCAUCUCGCUGCUCUUUAAGCGGGCACUAGUGGCGGCUGGGCACCGGCCGGUGGCCCUGGCGGUGGGCUAUCUGGACCCUUUGCCCGCCGAGCGGGUGCGGCCGUUGCGUAAGGCGGUCAUAGUGAUAGUGACGGCGUCAUGGAGGGUGAUGUGUUUUGACCACAACCUGGUGCUCAAAUGGGAGUACGACGCAAAGAUGCACUUCCCGCACCAUGCCCGCAUUAAGGAGGUCGCGGUCUACAUUGCGCCUCACCAGGUGCACGAGGCGGACCGGGGGAUAGUCAUUGUGGGCGCCAGUGUUCUGCGCGGCGACCUUGCCAGCGGGGAGGGACUGGAGAGUGUGGCCGAAGGGGGUCCGGCCGGCUUCUUUGAGGACGAUGAUGUGCUGCUCAGCGAGAUGCGGGAGGACGCGGAGCGCAAGGAGCACGCAAAAAGCGCGGGUGUGACCGAGUCCCUGACUGACCUGGAUCCGAAUGACCCGCUGGCGGGGCUGCCCGGCUCUCGGCACUUCUCCUAUGUGGCGCUGGAGGGCGGCAAUGGGACUUUGCGGUGGCAUCACGGCAGCGGUGACUUCCACAAGGACCUCUCUGAGCUGGGUGGAGAGCUCACGCCACAGAACAACUACCGGCUGGACGCGAGCAAGUUGGAUGGUCGUCACUUCGGCGAGGCUUCCUGCCGCGAUUACCGCGAGUCGGUGUUGCAUGUCCUGCCCCACGUGUGGGAGCGACCCGCGGACACCCGGCUAAUGGAGGCGCACUUCAUCAAGCACCGGGUGGGACGCGGCGCGGCCAAGGGGGACCUUGCUGCAGCGGGAACAAAAGCUGCAGCCAAGGGGAGAGGGCUCAAGGCCCCGGAUGAUGGUGGCAAGCACCAUGCUAAAAGUGGACUGCUGUCCUCCGGGUUGCUCAGCCCUAGCAUACACAAGGGCCCCGGCGCUGUGCGCCGGACCAAGCACUCGGCCGGCCUGGCGCCGCUGCAACACGGCCGUGGUGGUGUGCAUGCGCGCGAUGCGCGAGCGCACGACCAUGCCCAUCACGGCGGCGCUGCGCACGGUGGCGCGGCGGUGGCCGGUGGGGCGUCGGGUGGGACACCGGACCCGCACAUGAAGCAGCACCUGCCGCACAACGUCACUGCCAACGCGUUGGUGGCGUUCCUGGAGGAGGGCGUCGAGGUGUUGCACCUUUACUCGGGUCGUACCGUGUGUAAGCUGCACCUGCCGCCCCGCACUCUUCAUGCGGACAUCAACGGUGACGGUGUUUUGGACCACGUCUCCGUGUACCACGGCCACGUGGGUGGGGGCGUGGACGGCAACGAGGACACCAGUUUGCUGCCGGGGGAGCUGCCGUCCAUUAGUGGCAAGGGCCACGCCGUGUUUGGGCGCUGUACAGCGGUCGUGCGCAGUGGCAUCCCGCCCACGGAGACACUGUUCAAGGUCCAAGUUUGCCACACAAACAAGUUCGGUGUAUCGGCGUCGCGGAACGUCUUCCAGCGGGCUGCCGCCGUGGCGCAGCCCACCGAGCUGGCCACCCCGAUCAUGUUGCCCAUACCCGACCUCAAGGGGUUCAGCUCUAAGCGGCGGCAGCACGGGAUGCUGGUGUUCCUGACCAACAAGGGCGAGAUGACCGCUGUUACCGGCACAGGCAGCCACUUGUGGCAGGAGUAUUUGCAGGUGUCGUGGCCUCCAGCAGAUGAGAACCCCAGGCACGUGGUCCCCACGUUGGCUGCAAUGGCGCUCUACACACAUGCGGUGCCCACGACAGUGCUCGCGGCUGGCACAGAGCAUGCAGUGGUGGUUUCGGAGCAUGGGCACAUACUGGCGGAGCUGGAGCUGCCAUCACCGCCCACACAGCCCCUGGUGGUGGCGGAUUUCAAUGGCGACGGCCUUAACGACAUUAUCCUUGUGACUAACCGCGGGAUUUAUGGCUAUGUGCAGGUUCCACAUUUGGCCGGUGGCAUGAGCCUGAGCGCUUUGCUGCUGACGCUCGUGGUGGCGCUGGGGCUGGUGUACUUCACACAGCAUUACGACCCUAUGGGCUCACUGGGAACUGGCGGGGUUGGAGGCGCCGGGACAGGGAGGCGCGCUGCCAAGUUGCGCAGCACGGACUACGUGGACUGA